UGCCGAGAGAGUUGUGAGUUCAUGAGGGUGGUGAAAGGGAUCAAAUCGGGGAGGUGUCCGCCCGAAACUCUGGUCAGUGGGGAAGCUGCCACCUGCGUGAAGGCAUGUACCAACGAUGCCAACUGUUCCGACAUACACAAGUGUUGUUCCAACGGAUGUGGGUGGACCUGCCAGCAACCUACGCAUAUAUACGAUGCAUCUACAUCAUCUUCGUCGUCUUCAUCUUUACAAUCUUCUUCAGCAGCUUCAUCGAUUGAACUGAAAUGGAACAAUGUGAUGAACGCCAACAGUUUGGACCUCGUACUCUACCUGGUUGAGAGCAGGUUCAACGUCGGCCAGCAGUUCGAUGAGGCACAACUCACAAAUUGGACCCAAGUUGCCCAGACGACGGGCACUUCGACGACCCUGGACGCAAAAGCGGGCCACUGGUACCAAUACCGGGUGACAGCUGUGAACAUGUACGGCAGUAGGGGAGGGUCUGAACCAUCGCAAGCAUUCGCCCUUUCCAGAGGUGAUUUAACUUUCCCUAAUAUUUGGACAUGA